CCUUAGUUCAUUUUCAGUUCGCUUCUCAGACAAGCAAGGACACAAUGUUGUUCUCUGGAUCUUGUGCGUUUUUUCUUUUACUCUUCAAAUACCAGAUUAGCGUGUCUUUAGCAAAUGAACCAAUGUGCUCAAAAUUUUCUUAUGACGAGCAAUUGUUAGAAAAAAUGAUAAGGCAGGAAAUAAGAGUAGAAAUGAUGCAGAAUGAUAUAAAGAAAACCCAAGAAGCUGUUUCUGUUACGCUGGAGGAAAUUAAGAAAACAAGUGUAGAGGUGUCCAAAACACUGGAGUCCUUGCAGAACAAUGCCACGGAGGCGAUGAAAGGAAUCAUCCGAGACAAAGAAAAAAACGAAGAAAUACUGAGAAAAACAUUUGAAGAACAACGGAAUAAUUUCACAACUGAUAUGGAAGAAGGAAGGAAAAUGUUAAAACAACUUUCAGAAAACAUGAAAAAGCCUUCCGUUGCAUUCUUUGCACACAAUGUGGUAGAUCUAAAGCUUGACAGAACAGACAAAAUCAUCAUAUUUACCAUAGCCACGACCAAUGAAGGAUCAGGAUAUGACACUUCCACUGGAAUCUUCACAGCACCUGUCGGGGGAUUGUACCAAUUCAUUGUUAAUUAUUGUACACGCAUCAAGCAACAUUCACCUCUUGCGUUGGUGCUAUCAGGAAACGUGAUUGCUCGGUCGUCAAAUUAUGAUGCAAGCACAAAUACUUGCAGCUCCUUUUCAGCAGUAAUAAGAGUGAAAUCGGAAGAGAAGAUAUGGGUUAAAUGUUUGUAUGGCUCAUCCGGUUAUGCUUUAUAUAAAGAUAGUUGGUUGAUGAACUCCUUCAGUGGAAUUCUUGCCAAUAAGUAAAACAUUCAUUAUCCUCACGCAUGAAAUGUAACAUAAUGUAAUUUUUAUACAGUCGAACAUUGCGUAGUGCGCUGCCUGUUUAACACAAGUGGUGUACAUGUAUAUAUAUAUCCAUCAUUGAUAUUACUUUUUGACUGCUAUAUAUUUGUUUGUGAAGUAACUAUAAACUCGUUUAUUUAAGUCUCUUAAUUCUCACAUUUACAAAUACACGUAUAAUACAUAAAAUGCAUAUACAUUUAAAAUACAAAUCAACUACAAAUACACGAGAUUUACACAAGACAUACGAGGGCUGUUCAAAAAAUUCCUGGACUGCUGUUCUAAUGUUCACUUCUUUUAAUUUGCGUACACGAUUUUACAAGAGACAAAUAUUGGAACAUGUCCUAAAACUAUAGUGAAAAAAUCAAUAAAAUGUGUUUACAAAUAAAUAUUCUGUGAAAGUUACAAGUAACAAGGAGUACGCGACCCGGCGCACGCUAAUGAUAAAACAAAAUGACGUUCGUGACGUUCAAUUAAAAAUGUCACCAGCGUCAUUGCUUCUGAAAGUAAGUUUCGAGUGUUCUAUUUCCCCAAAUUAUAUAACUAUAACCAUUUUUCUGUUUGUUGUGAUGUAGCGAUAAAGAAAUGGGUCACCUUAGCGCUCCAUUCUCCGUAUAAGGGCCGAGGGCUGACCACUUUCUUUAUCACGAUUUUUUAGUAAUUUUGACACUUAACAGACAUUGUUAUCAAGUUGAUUUAAUUGGUGUUUUAUAGUAUCAAUUUAAAACCACCAUCGUCCGAUCUUUAAACAAUAUGAUUUUAACCAAUAAAAAAUAUUUUAUCAACUGCCAAUUGUUAUCUGCGGUAAAUCUACUGAACACCGGCUAGCAUUUUAUAUCAAACAAGUCAGCGAUAAUACAUGUAAUACAAAUAGUAACUACAUUUAUUUAUUGUUAAUACGCAUGCAUUCUGAUGAAUACAAUAAAAUUUUGUUUAAAUUUAAUUGAAUUGAAUGUGUACACCAGAUGCAGAAAUUAAAUAUGCCGGACAGCUCAUACACUUUUUAUACUAUCCACCUCCUAAUUGACGUUCCAAACGUCCUGACGAUUCGCGGCUUUCUCCCUCGCCCCAUUUCUGUCUGUGAUUAUGAAUUCGCCAGUUUUUAAUCACUUGCGCCAGGACCUGGUCAACGACUCAUUGCCCUUUAUUUAAUUGAACCACCUCAUAUGAAGGAGUAUCCCUAAUUUCAUGGCAAACUUCCCGAAAGUGGGAAUUUCUAGUUUUUUAAAUGGGCUUCAUAAUUCGCAAUUAACGCUACUUACUACUGCUGCUCAAAACGUGUUUGUUAAGCCAUUCAACGUCCAAAUGACGUCGAAUUUCAGAUUUAUUAACAGAUAAAAUAACCGUUCAAUUUAUUUCAACAUUUGUUUAUAUUUUAACAUUAUAUGUGCCCCGAUGUUGUGUUGCCACGGUUAUUAAAGUGCACAUAGUUCGCAACGGAUGUAGAAGUAUAAGAUAAAAGUAAAAC